AUGUAUGAUAUUAGGAAAGCUUCAAAUCCCAAACUUGCAAUGACACUCAAAUUGCUUAUGAAUUCGACAUGGGGAUAUUCCAUUAAGAAACCUCAAAAGAUGAAGAGUAAACACUAUGAGAAGGUCGACAACUUUGUUGAAAGGUUCUCCACUUUUGUUUUAAAGUACGAGUUCACCGAAGGUCAAAAUGGCUUAGUAACCACAGUAAAACCUAUUGUCGAACAUUGGUCCUACCCUCAGUUCGCAAAAGCAGUCCUUGACAACUACAACAAAUUUUUCUCAGAGGUUAAAUCCAAAGUGAAGGUAUACUAUGAGAACAUCGAUGCACUCAUGACGAACGAAGAAGGCUAUAACAAACUCAUUGAAAUGGGUUUAGUCGGUGAGAAAAUGGGCUGUUUUAAGCUAGACAAGGUAUUUUCCGAAGUUCAUGUUCUCUCCAAGCGUAAGUACUGGGCCGUACUUGAAAACGGCACAGAAAUAAAACAUUGCAUGAAAUAA